AUGAAUCACGACGCAGGCGGGGCGACGUUCGAGAGCCUUAACCCAGCGACGGAAGAAUCGAUCCGCUCUUGUGCCAACGCGCAGGCGGAGGACGUGGACAAGGCCGUUGCGGCCGCUCGCGCAUGUUUCGAAGGUCCAGACUGGGGGUUGAAGAGCACCGGGGCGCAGCGAGCCGCCUGCCUGCGGGCCAUGGGCAAAGCCAUCGAGGACGACAAAGAUGCAUUCGCCCGGCUCGAGUCGGAGGACUGCGGCAAGCCCAUCAAGGAAUCUGUCGACGACAUGGACCAAGCCGUAGAGGCCUUGAGGUUUUACGCAGACUUGGCGGAAAAGCUCGGCAACGAGGAACCGGAGGAGAUCGCGGUACCGGACGACAGUUUCAGGACGCGGGUGGUGCGCGAGCCGAUUGGGGUGAUCGGGGCUAUUACCCCGUGGAAUUACCCGCUGCUGAUGGCGGUGCAGAAGGUGGCGCCCGCUCUCGCCGCCGGCUGCACUGUCGUCCUGAAACCCUCCGAGCUUGCCCCGCUUACGUGCGUCCGGAUGGCCACUCUCGCGGAGGCGGCGGGGCUGCCGCCCGGCGCCUUGAACGUGCUCACGGGGGAAGGAUCUCCCGCGGGAGCAUCGCUGUCGGCGCACCGCGGAGUGGACAAGGUGUCCUUCACGGGGUCGGUGCCGACGGGCCAGAAAGUAAUGGCUGCCGCGGCGGGAGGUCCGGCGGGCGUCCAUCUGGAGCUGGGGGGCAAGGGCGCGAUGAUCGUGUUCGACGACAUCGAAGAUAUUGACGCAACCGUGGACUGGAUCUGCAUGGGAAUCUUCUUCAACUCCGGCCAGGUCUGCAGCGCCACGUCGCGCCUGCUGCUGCACAGCAAGAUUCACGACAAGGUGGUUGCCAAGAUUCUGGAGCGUGCGGCGAGUGUCACGGUCGGAGCCCCCCUGCGUGAUGACGACAAGGAGGCGGAGGGGACGUGCAUGGGGCCGCUCGUCAGCGGUCCCCAGAGGGACAAGGUUCUGGGGUUCAUAUCUAGGGCUGUGGACGCGGGGGCGAAGGUUCUCUGCGGGGGGGGCCCCCCUCCCGACGCCGACGCCGCCUCCACCGAUCGAAAGCCGGGGAAGGGCUACUACGUGUCCCCUACCGUGUUGACGGGCGUGAAGGAGACGGACGAGGCUUGGACCGCGGAGAUCUUCGGGCCGGUGCUCUGCGUCCGGCAGUUCGAGGAGGAGGACGAGGCGUUGGCGGCAGCAAACAAUUCGGAGUUCGGCCUUGCUGCCUCGGUUAUGAGCGCCGACAAGGACAGGUGCGAGCGCGUGGCCCGUGCGCUCCGAGUCGGAAUCGUGUGGCAGAACUGCUCCCAGCCCGCCUUUAUCCAGGCCCCCUGGGGCGGCUACAAGAAGAGCGGCUUCGGCAGGGAGCUGGGACGGUGGGGUCUCGAGGCCUUCCUGGGCGUGAAGCAGAUCACCUCUUGCGCAGGGAGCUUCAGCUACGAGUGGUACGGGAAGUAGACCCUGGGCGGGCAUGUAUAUUCGGUCGGUGAUGAUUUCGAUUCGUGCUUCUUUGGGCUGACUCUAUGAUGCUUCUGCAGGCGAGCGUAGAGAUGCAAGUAGCUUCAGCCAAAAUGUGGCUUCGGUAGGGGGGGACUGGACGCUACAUGUGACCGGUCAGAGGUCUUCCGCUGCGAUUGGGAGGAGAUGGUACGACGCAAAGAAUGAUGCGUGGCAAUUAGCCUGUUGGCCUGUUGGUUCGCUGAAGAAAAUGAUGGCGGCACAGGGGACAUGGACGACACCGCCAGCUAAAUAUUAAUAGUCUGAUCUUGUGCCAUGUCUAAAGGUGCGGAUUUUUGUCAUGGCCAUGGCGGGUAAACUUGGAAUUGGUUGAUAGCCGUGUGGGGGUGGUGGGUGGACGAGACAUGCCGUUGUUGUGCCUCUUGUCCAGGGGAAACUGACUUGUUUCCUCCGUUUGAUGUUUCGUACUCUAGAGUCCAAUGACGGGUCGGACGGUCCGUUAAGUGAGGUUUGGUGUCGUCCUGUCGGUUCCUCAUUGGCUGAGGGUGUUGCGCGAACUCUUCGUUUCUCGGCAGACAGGGCGCUGUGCUGUGCGUGCUUUUGACUGCUUUUUCGCGUGCUUUGGUGGGUGCUUGUUGGAUGUAGAUACCACUGUUGCUGUUUCGGGGGUACAUGUAUUUUGGCGUAUCGAGAGCCUUACAUUUGAUAUGGGAUCCUCUCCUCUCCCCAGAGAAAUUGCCCCAGACGGCAGGUUGAGAUGUUUGACUCUUGUUCCUUUGCCCAAGAAUGGGUCCAAGGUAACGAGAGUCGAAUCGUGGUGGGGCACCGUUUUUCCCGGGUCACGGCAAAGGCUUCAAAAAGUUUCCCUCGUCUCCCGGCGCUGCAGCGUUGCUGUCUAGCGAUGGCUCGCGCACGCACAUUGCUGCACGCUUGGCGGACACCCAACGUGUGGUCAAAGGACACGUCCCAUCCAUCUGGACUGACUGAUGUGUUGCCUUUGGCACCCUCGCCGUUACAUCGCCAACUCCUUCCCCCUCACAGCUUCAUUGCCCCACAACAUGAGACGGUGCUAGGCAGCGGUGCCUGCAUCUGCUGCUGUACUUUGUCGUCAAGUGGAGUGUCUUCAGAACCACAUGUGGAGAAGAAAGCAUAGCCGGCGUUAUUAUGGCGUCAGGGGCACAGCUAUACAUUCAGGCGACUCUAAGUUGUUUGCUCGGCGUCACGUGCCGAUCCGAAGCGAUGGGCUCUCCCUCGUAAUUGUUUUUGGAUGGGGGCCUCCAAGUUUCCUUGUGUUCCCGGGUCCGAUCACUUUCCAGCUUGUCUUGAGCUGCUAUCGCGUUAGUUUGAGGAUAUUCCG